AUGAUGGAUGAUAGACCCAGUAAGCUCAUCUUGGUUCCUAUUUUAGCUGUCCUUUUUGUUAUGAUAGGUUACCAGUACAUAUGCCCCGCUGGCAGCAAUUCGUGCCACUUUAAGGCUGGGGAGAAAUUAAGGGGGGUAAGCCUACUUUCCACCCCGUAUCAGGACAGCGAUGAUUUCGACCGAGAUCAAGACCUGGAGGAUGACAGCCCUCCUAAACUACCGUCCAAAUUCAACUUCACCGAAAGAGACCUUGACAGACACGUGGAGUUCAACAUCAAAGGGGACGACGUGAUAGCGUUUUUGCACAUCCAGAAGACCGGAGGAACCACUUUCGGGAGACACUUGGUGAGGAAUAUUCGCUUGGAGCAGCCGUGCGACUGCAAGCCAGGACAGAAGAAAUGCACAUGCCACCGACCAGGGAAAGCAGAGUCCUGGCUUUUCUCCCGCUUCUCUACUGGAUGGAGCUGCGGACUACAUGCAGACUGGACCGAGCUAACGAACUGUGUACCUGUCAUUAUGGAUAAGAAGGAUGCCCAGAGGAAUAAAAGGAACUUCUACUACAUCACCAUGCUGCGUGACCCAGUCUCCCGCUACCUGAGUGAGUGGAAGCACGUCCAGCGCGGAGCCACAUGGAAGACCGCCCUCCAUAUGUGUGAUGGACGCUCGCCCACCCAGGACGAGCUGCCCACCUGCUACAGCGGGGAUGACUGGUCUGGUGUCACCCUGACAGAGUUCAUGAACUGCCCGUCCAACCUGGCCAACAACCGGCAGGUCCGCAUGCUGGCUGACCUGAACCUGGUGGGCUGCUACAACCUGUCCUCUAUGAACGAGAGCCAGCGUAACCACAUCCUUUUGAGCAGCGCCAUGACCAACCUGAAGAACAUGGCUUUCUUCGGCCUGACUGAGUUUCAACGCAAGACGCAAUACAUGUUUGAGCGGACGUUCAGCCUGCGCUUCAUCUCCGCUUUCACGCAAAUCAAUAGCACACGAGCCGCCAACGUGGACCUGAGCGAGCCCGUGCGCAGACGCAUCGAGGAGCUUAACUUCUUGGACAUGCAGUUGUACGAGUAUGCGAAGGACCUGUUCCUCCAGCGUUUCCAGUUCACCCGCCAGAAGGAGCACCAGGAGGUGCGCUUGAAGAGACGUGAGGAGAGGCGCUGGCUGAGGGAGCAAAAAGAGCAGGGCAGGCCGUGGCCGCCCAAACACAGAGGGGGCGGAAAUAGAGUUGGGAGAAGAGGAGAGGGGUUGGAGAAAGGGACUGACGGUGACUUCCCCACCACCACUGAGGACUACACAAGCCAAGUGGCCCGUUGGUGAGGUUUUGGUUUCAAGAGAGAGGAGCAAGAGAGAUGCCUCACAGACUAGUUCAAACAUUUCCUUUGACUCACUCUCUUGCGCAUCCUAUGUCUCUCUCUUUUUGUCUCACCAUUGAUCUGUCUCCUGCAUCUGUCUGUUUCUCAGCUUCAGUGUGAUCCAAGUGCUUUGCUGUUCCUUUAUGAAAACUGCCAAGUCUGUGAGUCUCACAGCAGCUCUGCCUUGGAGUGCCCUUUGGUGUCUUAAAUCUUUAAAUGCUCUUUAUAUAUAUUUUGUCAUUCAAUUUUGUUGUGUUGAAUAAGAUAGUAAACUGAGGUGAAAGAAAAAAAAAACAAUCAAAAGAAGCAACCAUAGACUGUAUUGCUUUUAAUUUUGACAUUCACAGCAAAACUGAUGAAUGUCGUGGUCUUUGUUGCAACUAGAAAACAUAUUCCAUUUGAAAGAUGUAGUUGUAGAAGUACUAAUGGUUGCAUGUCACACGUCCACAAAUAUACUGACAAUUGGGGAGAGCAAUAUCCAAAAGAUAUACAGUAAUAAUAACAGUAGUAUAUACUGUGAGCCAAAGGUAACAAAAAACAC